AUCCACGCGGUCGCGAAAGAACGAAUUGAGGCGAAUUUGUAAGUCGAUCGUUCCUUCUGCGAUAAUAAUUAAUAAUAAUAAUAAUAAAAUCAUCCCUUUAAUAUAUGACAAUAUUACGAAAUACGUUGUCGUGCUAAUAUUUCCGUAAACGGUGAAAUCAAAAGUAUACAUUUGGAAAGAAGACAUCCUUGAAUUUACGCAGGAGUGGACUUUCGAACAAGCGAAUGAUUGACGCAUUUAGUGAUAAUCCCUUACAAAAACCACACGUUUUUAUAUUAAAAUUCAAGAAAUACGUAAACAUACUCAAAAACAAAGAUGCUUUAGAGAAAAUAUUUUCAACGGUAUUAAAUAACGGUAAACAAUUUUUACAAAAGUGAAAAAUGAAUAUAACAAAGGGAUAAUAUAAAGGAAAAAAAUGUUUUUCCAACUUUUAUGAAUGCCCAAUAUAUUUACGUAUACCUGCUUAUUUUGGGUUCCAAACAAUUGUAUUCAAUAGAUAUCUUUAUGAGUCAUAAUUUACUUGUUUGCGAGAAAGUGAAAGUAGGGACCAAAUGGACAUAAAUUUUGACCUGUAGAAAAUCCAAAAUUAUAGUAAUACUGAUAAUUUUUACGGAAAGGUAGUCAGUUUUUCGUUAGCCUUUGACGAGUGAAGUUCUCAUUUUUAUACGGGACACCUUGAAGAGAACAAAGUGUGAUUUCAAUCGAAAUAAUUAUAUGAAUCAAACGUCGUCAAUUUGUGAUUCGAUUUUAAUAGAAAAUCACAAGAAAAUACAACGGGACAGAAUAUCGUUCGAUAAAAAUAAAAUUUAAACGAUAUGAUUGUGAUAAUGAUAAAACUUCGCACAUUUUCGAGAGGAGAGAAAGAGGUUCAAAGAUGUUAUUCAUGCAUACAAUUGAUGUCCCUCGAAUAAUGGGUCAAAAAAUUAUUUAAGAAGCUUGACCUGCUAGUUUAUAUCGAAAUGAAUUUUUCGUUAACGUUCGGUGAUUGAAGUUCUCAUUUUUACACGAGGCACAUUGAAGAGAACGAAUUGCGAUUUCAAUCGAAAUAAGAAUAUUGAUGAAGAGGAACGUCGUCAAAUCGUGGUACGAUUUUGAUAGAAAAUCGCAAGAAAACACAAUAGAACGAAAUAUCGUUCGAUGAGAAUAAAGCUUAGACGGUAUGAUCGUAACAGUGAUAAAACUUCGCGCGUUUUCGAUAGUAGAAAAAGAAAAAUAUUUGUGCAUUUGUUUGUUCUGACGCAUAAGGUGGAAAUGAAAGUGGUGGUAGUUGUAAUGAUAGUGGUGACGGCGGUGGUAGUAAUGACGACGAUAGUAGCAGUAUUCGAAUUUUACAUAUCGACGCCUAUGCGUCAGUCUGUUCUUCCAAUUCGUGCGUGACGCGAAGUUGUCGGCGUAUCGCUCGCAAAAUUUUCGAUAUAUCUACGUUGACGGCGAGACGCGAAAGUCGACGCCGUUGGCCCGUCCGCCGCGCGAGUGAGCGAACGCCGUGAAGUGUGCAUCGCUUUAGUGCCCGAGUUGUGUGUACAUAUAAAUGGCGGCUGACGAAAAAUGGUACUUUACAAAAGAACAGCUUAUAAACACGCCGAGCAGAAGAUGCGGCAUCGACGCGGAUAAAGAACUAAGUUACAGGCAGCAGGCAGCGAAUUUCAUCCAGGACAUGGGACAGCGACUUGUGGUUACACAAUUAUGCAUCAACACAGCAAUAGUCUACAUGCACAGGUUCUAUGUGUUCCAUUCGCUAUCACAUUUCCACCGAAAUUCAAUAGCUGCAGCAGCCCUUUUUUUAGCAGCAAAAGUAGAAGAACAACCACGCAAACUAGAACAUGUUAUCAAAAUGGCACACAUGUGUUUGCACAGAGAUCAGCCGCCACCUGAUAUCAGAUCUGAGCAAUACCUUGAACAAGCUCAAGAUUUGGUAUUUAAUGAAAAUGUCUUACUACAAACAUUGGGGUUUGAUGUUGCUAUUGAUCAUCCUCACACACAUGUUGUUAGAUGUUGUCAACUGGUUAAAGCGAGCAAGGACUUAGCCCAGACGUCAUACUUCAUGGCAUCUAACAGCUUGCACUUAACAACAAUGUGUCUGCAAUACAAACCCACAGUAGUCGCCUGUUUCUGUAUCCAUUUAGCAUGUAAAUGGUCCAAUUGGGAGAUACCUCAGAGUAAUGAAGGAAAACAUUGGUUUUGGUACGUUGAUAGAACUGUUACUUCAGAGCUGCUACAACAACUUACAGCAGAAUUUCUACAUAUAUUCGACAAAUGUCCUUCAAGAUUAAAAAGGAAAAUUAUGAGCAUUUCUGCUAAUCAAAGCCCAAGUAUCAAUCACCCAAGUUUGCCAAAUUCGCCAUUUGAUGCUGAACCACGAAAAGUUCAAUCUCCAGCAUCGGCGGCGGAUGGAGGGCCAACAUUUCAUUCUAAUCGACCGCAUCAUAUAGAAAAACAGGAAGAAAAGAAACAACUUCCUCCGACAAACACAAGACCACCUGUUGACUAUCGUGAAUACAGAGAGAAAAAAGAACGUGAACGUUUAGAGAGAGAAAAAGUAACAACUCCAGUUACAAGUGUACAAAGUCAUGCAGUUGACAUUAAUAAGCAUCAUUCACAUCAUCAUAAACCUGUGUCCGGAACAAAUAUACCUAAUAAGCAUUCCGUGCCACCGGGGCAAAAAACUACAUUACAUCAUAAUCAUCAUCACAGACAAGAGAUGAAAGUUAAUCAACCAGUACCACAAAGGCAUUCUACAGGGAAUCAGCCGCGAGAACCCAAUCGUGAUCCUAGUAGACAGAGGAUACAAAGGGAAUACAAUUCUAGUAGUAGUUCAACUAGUAGUACAGUGCAUUCUCAUGGUCAUACAAUACAUCAAACAAAGGAUGUAAACGUAGACAACACAUUAUCAGAUAUUACACCACAUAGAUCUGACGUUGCUACAUUACCAGACAAUCUCAGUAAUAACAACCACAAUUUACAAAGGUUAAGCACAAUGGAUGGAAAACAUCAAUCUCACGACAAAAGAGUCUAUGAUCCAAGGCAUAAAACUGUAGAUCAUAGGAAAGAUGGAGAACAAAAAGCUUAUAAUAAAUAUCCCGAUUCGUCGAGAGAUAGACAACGGAAAUCUGAUACUUUAGAACAGAGAUGUGAAGAAGUACGUAAACUUAUAGAAAAACCUGUACCGUUUCCAAAACCAGCAUUGGAUGUACAACAUGCUGCCAAUAUACAGAAACAGUCUUAUCAUGGUAAAUAUAGUCAACCAGAUAAGCCACAAGGAAGCACCAGUGCGUUUAUAGGUGAUAUGAAACCGAUCGCUAUGUCUCAAAACGCAUUCUCUCAAGAAAAAUCUCCAACGAACCUCGCAUCUUCUCUAUCACAAAUCUCUCAAAAAAGCAUAUCUUCUAAACCCACGAUAAAUCAGCAUUCUGCUUAUGGUGUUCCACAAACAUUAAAAGAUUCGAUUAAAAAUGGAAAUUCUCAAUCCUCGUGUUUAACGCCUUUAAAUAAUAUAGACGAUCCAAAAGCUGAAAAACGUCCGCGACACGAUGAAUUGAUAGAACAACAACAAAAUUUGUUACAAACACCAACAAACAAACACAAAUCGUUGUUUAGUCCGGAAAAAGUGCAAACCAGUCGGGAGUCUCACUCUCAAAGGCCUAAAUCGAAGCAAAAAACGCCACCUUCGGCUGUUAAAGUUCCUAAAGAACGUGCGCCAGAGACAUUAACUGGUCUUAAUUUGGUGUCACCAUUCGCGAGUCCGCCAGGUUUACAACAAACUGAUUCAAUAUCAAUGAAACGUUCAGCUACUGAUGCGUCAACGAUAUCUCAUAAAAGACAUCGGACUACAAGUUCUAGUGAAAAUGAGUCCCAGUUGAAAAUCAAGAUGGAAGAUACAUCGAGUUUAGAGGCCAUGAAGAUGCUUGGUAGAGUACCAGAGCUUAUCCAACCAAUUAGAGAUAAUCCUUCGUCAAAUGGUAGAAGUACUUCGGUGGCUAGCGAUUUACAACCACCAGAAUUAAUUAAACCGUUUGAACCGGAACCUGUGAUUUCUCGUUUCGGUAGUAUGGUUACAAAUGGGUUGGAUACAGGCGUUGAGACUCAACAACAACCAGUGCAAAUGGAAUAUUUGUCACCAAUGAAAUCGGCUCAAAGUAUAAGUGCUCUAUUGCAGGAACCUUUAGCUCCUUUGCCAUCUUUAUUGCAAGGAAUGCAACAAUUUAGUCAAAUAACACCACAACAAGCGCAUCAAGAGCAUAUUGUUCAGCAAGAGCAACAACAGCAGCCGCCACAGCAACAGUUGCCACAGCAACAACAAGCACAGAUGCAAUUACAAGUACAAUCACAGACACUGCAGCAUCAACAUCAACAUUCGCAUCAACAUCAACAGCCCAUAACUUCUCAUUCAUUGUUACUUCCUGAUAGCCAAUUAGCAGUACAAACACAGUGUAUGACACUGCCUUCAUCAAUGAAUGAAACGUCUGUAGUUUCAACGGUUGAUAUUAGUGUUCUAUCUGCCCCGGUACAAAAUAAUACAGAUGGAAUAGUUCAGACCGUACCAACAACGGUACAGCCAAUAGUGCCGACAGUGGUCGAAGAGAAGAGAACGGAGCAUCAUAAGAGCGAGAAGAAAAAAAAGAAAGAAAAACAUAAACAUAAAGAUAAGGAGAAGAGUAAAGAAAAACAUAAACACAAACACAAGGAUAAGGACAAGGACAAAGAAAGGCACCGUGAAAAAGAUAAAGAGAAAAAUGAGGAGACGUUACCGGCUGCACCGAUCAAGAUAACAAUACCUAAAGAGAAGUUAAAUCUUAGUAGUGAAACAGCCGUUACCAGUGGCGGUACUAUUGUCAUACCGGAGAAAAAUAAAUCGCCUCAAGGUACGGGUUUGAAGUUGAAAAUUUUAAAAGAUCGAUUGAAGAGUGCAGAAAGUAUACCAAGUACGCAAGCUCAACCGGUGCCACAGGCACCGCUAAAAAUGAAAAUACGAACGGACGCGAUCUGGAGAAGUUCAACGGGUAACGUACCGGUAACGACGACAAGCGCUUCGACGAUCGGUAGUGUGCCAGACUAUUCAGGUGAUGGUCGAAAGAGAGAAAGAAUCGAUAUCAACGAGAGUACGUCGAACGUGGUCCCACCGACGAAGAAACAACAGCAACAACAACAACAACAACAACAACACCAUCAUCACUAUCACCACCAUCAGCAGCAACAGCAGCAGCAACAACAGCAACAACAACAACAACAACAACAACAACAAUCACAGCAGAUCUCAUCAAUGGCCGCCGGUGGUUACGGUCAACAUCGUCCUGGGGAAAGGCAGAACGGCAGACACUAUAGUUCAGGCAGCAAUAACAAGGUACGUGGAGGUGGCAGAGGCGGCCGCCAGUAUGUCAAGCGCGGGCUACCACCAUCAGGAUCGGCUGGCAAUUUCAAUAUAGCCGGUCAACGUGACGGCUACUAUCAGCAGGAUACCUAUAGUAAUAUCAAUGCCCACCAUCCCUCUAAUCAUCCUUCGUCAUCCAAUAGAACUGAUACGGCCUAUAACAGGGCUACUCACGUCGCCCAGGCUGAUUCAUAUUUUGCUAACUUCACCAAUUUUCCACCGCCCUCGAUAUACAAUCCUGCCGCCGCCGCCGCCGCCGCUGCCGCCGCUGCUACCGGAUACAUGUAUGACCCUGCUAUGAGUUAUUAUCAACAAUAUCAGCAGCAAUAUUCCAUGUAUCCGGCGGGCAAUGUCAUAAUGACACCGGAUGGCGCCAUCGAUACGUCCGUUCCACCACCCUCAUUACCUCCCAAUGUACGUCGAAGUCCCAUUAUGAUUGUACGACCGACUCAUCAGUCGGGCGUGUCUGCUCAACAAGAAUCUGACAAACCGCCUCCGUUGCCUACUGGACCACCCCCGAGUUCUUCUCCACCCCCACCCCCACCCCCAGAGUAGUUGCGACUGCACUCAAAUUUUUCUUUUUCUGUAGUGAAUUUAAUAUGUAGCUCACGAGGUAGUGCUUAAUUUAUAUAUAGAUAAAAAAAGAACUAUCUCUCCGAUCCGUUAUCCGUGCUUGUCAGCAAAUUUUUUAAUCAAAGGUUCGGAGAAUCUUUUGUAUAUAUCUUUUUUAUAAUUCGUACAGUGUAUGUACAUUAUUAAUUAUGAAAUCUAAAAGAAUACCUAUUAGUCAAUCUUUUUUUGAUUUCAUAUCAAUAAAUAUCUAAUAUUAUUUUUACAUCACACUAGAUUAGGGUAUAUAAUAAUAUAGAAUGUUUAUUAAGUUUAAAUGACUAUUUUUAGAUAAUAAAUCUAUAAGUAUGUCGGGAGUAAAGAUAAUUCUUGCUUCGACAUAGCACGGAUAGGAAAAGAGUGGUUGAUUAUUUUGUAGAAGUAAACUCUCUGUCAUUUUUUUACGGAAGGAGUAAAUUUUCUACUUGCCUCUGUCAUCCUUUGACUCCCUAAAGUUUGUGAAUGGUAGAUGUAGCAGCAUGGCAUCGUACGAUAUCUUUUACCUAUUGUUAUAUACUACCACAUCUAUCUUUCCACCUUUGUACCUGUAGCAUAUCUUUUUAGAGUACUUUUCAAGCAUAUGACUUCAUUAAAGUAAAUACGAAAUGAUUAUUAAUCAAUCUGAAGAUAAUUAUUCAGAGGACGAUGACAACAAUAGGAAGACAACGACAAAUGUGUGGAAGAAGAUAUUUUAAUUCAAUCGAAAGUUUUCAAGAAAUAUAGCGAAUAUGAAUAUUGAAUGUGCUAAUUUACUACGAAUUUAUGAAUAUAUAUAUAAAAAUACUAUCUAUGACCUUUUAAAGGUUUUUUCAUUGCAAAGACAAUGUUCCUUGAGAGAUGAAAAUUAUCGGCUAAGCUUUUAAAUAUUUUCAAUAAUAUUUUACGGCAAAAAAUUUAUUUCUCUACGUCGACAGACUAUUUGUUAUUCAUAAAAAUAGUAAACUAAUUGAAGUAAUACAAAUAUUUGCUUUUAUUUGUAGUUUAACUUCGAAUUGUCGAAUUGAGGUUAUUAGUUUAGAUUUUUUUUUCUUUUUUCUUCUUUUUUCUUUUUCCUUUUUCAAUUCUUUUUUCUUUUUUUUUUUUUUUUUUUCUUUUUUUCCCUUUUUUUUUCUUUUUAGGAAGGGAGUAGCAAAAAUUGUAAAAUUUGAAACAUACCAAACACUGCCAGAUACCAGAGAGGAAAGUAAUAUUACGUUUUUUUCAUUUUGUGCUUAAUAGUUUUUCUUUUUUUGAAGUUUACUACAUGCAAUAAGGAAUUAACAUAUAUUAAAGUGCUAAUGAAAACAAGGAAUUCCUUAAUUUCUUAUUAAUAUUUACAUUUUGAUCAGGAGGUAUGACAAGUCGUUGAUAAAAGUAAUUAAAACAGAGCUUACGAGUUAUUAUCGUGAGGAUACUUAAAAAUAAUAACUUUACUUAUUGAAUACUUUCCUUUGCUGGCAAAGGAUCAUAAAGCAAGAUGUUCUUAUAACAAGAAUGUUCUAACAAAUACAUUACCGUGUAAUAACUAGUACGCUUAAUGUAAAAAAAAACGAAUUAGAUAAUUUUUCAAUCAAUUGUUUAUGAAAAAUUAUAUAUGUGAUGAUAAUUACAAAGAAUAAAUUAGUAAUUAAUUAAGUAAUCAUUCGAAAGUUUAAAUAUUCUUAAAUAGUUUACAAUUUUUUAUCUGAUUUAACAAUUUAUCCAAGUUUUUUAUAUGCCUAUUCAAUGGCAAAUUAUAUAUUUAGAUACAGAAGAUUUAUUCAUUGUAUCAAUUUAUAUUUAUUAUUUGAGUUAUUCUUAGUGAAAAAUUAUAAUUGAAUUAUUCUUUAUUGAAAGUUGAAAAAAAUCAUUUGCUAUUAAAGAAGAUAAUAACCAAUAGUUUAAGAAAUUAUUUGUAAAGUUACAUAAUUCUUUUUUUCCCCUUCCCAUUGUAUCAUAUAAAAGCAUUUCUAAGAACAUUCUUAUUGUAAUAGGAAAGAAGAAUAUGCAUACAAACAAACAUCACAAUUAGUACAAUGAAAUUAAUAAUAUGUAAUAUCACUUCAGAAAUAUUAUAUAAAUGUAUGUGUGUGUGUGUGUGUGUAUGUAUGUGUAUAUAUAUGUACACACACAUUCACAUGCAUACACGCAUAAAGAUGCCUUAGAUCGUAAAGAUUGUAGAAAAGUCAGUAGUAUAUGACAUAUGAUAUAUUUUUUUUUGUACUUAGCUAUUUUCUAAUGCAGCUUUUUUUCUCAAUUUUUAUUUGCAUUAAUUUCUUCCUUUUACCAUUACCAUCUGUUGCACCAAUUACAAUGAUUUAAUAUGUGUGUACCAUUGUAAAUUUAAUACUUGGACUGAUAUAUCGUCUCUUUCGUAAGAGGAUACGAUUUAUAUAUUUAAGUGUUUUAAACAAUUUUAGGAAGUAAGAGUUAGGCAGUCAAAAUAGAAUAGUGGGUGUAUUAUAAAUUUAUCCUUAUAUUAUCUACUUGUUUUGUUUAAUAGAAAAAAGUUUCUAUAAUUGCAAUUAAGUUUUUAUCAUCAGAGCGUGCAAUUGCUCGGUUAAGUAUACUUUGUUUAAACAUAUUUAAUGAUACGGAAAAGUGGUAUAUAUGUAUAGACUAAGUGUUAGAAAUAUUUUUGAGUAAAGUUAUAGAGAUAAAAAUUAACGCGCGAAAUUAAUUUGCCAAUUAAUUAAGUAUGAAACUAAUAAAUAUAUUAGUAGGAUUAUGUAUAAAUUUCAUAUUGUAUAUUUUAUUCGUGUAAUGGUCUUUUGAUUUUUGAUUAUUGAUCGUGUAGCAACCGUAUUAAUUUUAUUUAUUUUCUCAAUUCAUUUAGGUUAAAGAGAGAGUUUGUCAUAUUAUUUUUAUUACUCGCGUUCUAAGCUGUACAUGCAAAGGAACACAAAGGGUACUGAUAGAACAAAUAUUAACUCAGGAAUGUAUAGAGAAAAAGAAGGAGAGGGAGAGUAAGUGAGUGAAUGAAUGAAUGAAUGAAUGAAUGAGUGAGUGAGUGAGUGAGUGAGUGAGUGAGUGAGUGAGUGAGUGAGUGAGUGAGUGAGUGAGAGAGAGAGAGAGAGAGAGAGAGAGAGAGAGAGAGAGAGAGAGAGAGAGAGAAUGAAAGUUAGAGUGCAUAAGUAAAAAAGGGGUUGGGAAUGAAAGAGAUAGAGAGAAUGAGAGAGAGGAUCGGAAUGAAUCAAAUAACAUGCUUAAUAUAUAAAUAUAUAUAUAUAUAUAUAUAUAUAUAUAUAUUAUGCAUUUAUAUUAUUGACUGAAAAUGUGUUAAUACUAUACAGAAUAAUGUGCAUAUAUGCACAUUUACAGAUCAUUUGGAUUAUAAUAAUAUUGUGACACGAUUAUUAUUAAUGUAAAAAAAGAAAGAAACCAUUUUCUUGCUGUGACAUUAUAACUGUAAUUAUUAUAGCGAUAUAAAUUGCUUUCGCGCUAUUAUACUAGUAAAAGUAUACGCAUUUUAUUUGCGAAAUCAUUACGAUCAUAGUGAUUAUUUCUUUUUUCCCAUGCAAAUUACCAUUAAAAAAAAAAAGAAAAAAAAAAGAAAAAAAAAGAAAGAAAAAAAGAAAAAAAAUGCUUUGCAAGUUUUCAAAAGAAAAAAAGAAAGACAAAAAAAAUAAUAAAAAUAUAGAAUUAUUUGGGUUUUGCAUGGAGCGAGAAACUAUUUUUGAUGGGCACAUGUACUUGUAAACAGACGUUCUUAUUUUUCUUUUAUCGUUUCUGUGUAUAAAUUUUUAUAUGCGCAGAAUAAUCUGGAGGAGGAGAAAAAGGCUAAAUCUUUUUAGAAGGAAUAGAAUAAUAAUUGUACAUCUCGGCACAGUUUAGAUAAUAGAAUAUCUAGAAUAUCAUUCAAAAGACGAAAGAAGAUUAUUUUCACUUUGAUUACAUGAUACAUUACAUUAUUUAUAAUAUUUCCUAUAUAUAUAAAUUGCAUAAAAAUUAGUCAUGAAAGAGAAAUAUGUACGGAUCGUUCUAUUCUUUCUUAAUUGAUUAAAGCUUAUUAUAACAUGAGCGUUAAUUCUUAUCUAAUCCGAAUAAUAUGUGUUAAUAUUGUAUACAUCUAAAAGGUAUCGUAAAAUCUUAUAUAAGGAAAAGGUAUGAAGAGAUAUAUUUAGAAGAAUAAAAAUUGUACGUUAUUUAAAAAUUGUGCACUCGCGGCAGGCAUAGGAUGACAAAAUAAUUGCUAAGGUAAAUCUAUGUAGCUUUUGUAUCCUUUGAUUAUAUGGAGUAUAAGAGAGCGAGAGAGAGAGAGAGAGCGAGAGAGAGAGAGAGAAAGAAUAGGGGAUAAACUUAUAAAUAAAUAAAUAAUACAGAAAUUGAUAAAAUAGGUUAAACAAAAAAAAAUACAAACAAAACAGGCGCGCGCGUCUGCUCACGCGUGUGAGUGAUGCUUGACAUGUGUGAUAUAAAUAAAACAAAAAAUGAAAACAAGCAAAAAUGUAAUUGUUAAGAAGAUCGAUGAAGAAGAUUUUAGUAAAAAAAAUGUAUAAAUGCUGAAAUACACAAAAAAAAAAGAAACAAACAAAUGCGUCAAGUAUGUAUACAAUGUAUAAAUUUUAUUUGCCCGCGUAUGCUACCUAUUUUCUUUUUAAGAUCGUGCAUGCAAAAUCUCGCAAUGCAUCGCGCUUGCAAAAUCAUUUAUAGGCAUUGAUUGCGUGUAAAAUGAUUGUUAGCGUUAACGUUACCACGAUUAUACAAAUGAAAAAUUUCAGUACUUAGAUAUAAUUAAAAUUAAUAAUAAUAAGAAGAAGGAGAAGAAGAAAGGAAAAAAAACCAAAUAAAAGAAAAUAUAUAAUGUGGCCUAUUCCUUGACUAUACUUUAUCAUACGAAAGUAGAAUUAUUAAUUAUUAUGGAUCUCCUCGAUAGGAUUGACCCAUUAGGCAACGCACAGCAGGGAUCGUACGCCUCAUGUGUUUGACCAAGAAUAGUAAUAAAAAAUAUACACAUAUAUAUAUAUAUAAAAGAAAUCAAGGGAAAUAAACAUUCUGUGAAAUUGAAA